GCCAUGGACGGAGUCGACUCGUUGUAGUCCGAACGAUGAAGACGUAGUUGGAGGGGGAGCGGACAUGGUGAGAACGCGGAGCUCGGGCUGACUCAGUACCGUCAGAGCGUGGAAACUCCCUGGCGCAGGAGCCGGACCUGAAGGCUGAAAUUUUGGUAGCCGUAUGAGUAAGGACGUAGCGGCUGACUCGCGGACGCGUCGGGGACUCGGGUCGUUGUGGCCGCGGCGGAGGAGCACAAAAGCCGGCGGAGGCUCUGGAGCGUUGCCGUGCGGCUGAGACGGAGAGAGCGGCCGCGGACCGCGCUGUUUCUCCUGCUCGCAAUAUUUUAACCCUUCGUUUUUUUUUAUUAUCUUUUGGGUUUUAAAAAACAUUAAAGUGUUCGUUUUAUUACUAUCUAAAACCCGAACGUUAGUUUUUUAUUCGUUAUUUUUAAAAAUUUAAAAUCCAUGGCUAGCAGUCGAACUAGCCUGAUAGACUAGCCUCACAACAACAACUGCACGAGCGACGGCAGCUACUUCACCUACACGGAGAAACAACAACAAUAAUAAUAAAACCCAAACAAGGAUUUUAAACGAGAAAAUAUAUAUAAUUUGUCGCUGUGUCUAGAAUAAAAUAAGCAUUUCUCGAUAGAAUAGGGGCGUUUAAUGAGUGGUGAGCAGAGCUCCAGUUUAUUAGGUACUGUUUUGUUUUUGGAAAGGGGGGGAUUUGUUAUAAUAGAUGUGAGUAAAACGAAAACCAGAUGGAUAGAUAAGGUUUUAGAAACAAGGAAGACUUUUUUUUCCGGGUUGGAUUUUUGUGUUUAGAAGGUCUGGAAGUGAAAGCCAAGGAUUUCCACAACAGCGACGUCUUGAGAGAUUUAUCCCCCCGCACCCUCACCCGCACCUCAGCCCGGCUCUAAUGCGGAGGCUCUGAGUUUUCCUUCUUUCCCUCUCCUCCCCCCCUGGAGGCCCACCAUGCUCAAGUGCAUCCCGCUCUGGCGGUGUAACCGCCACAUUGAGUCGGUGGAUAAGCGGCACUGCUCUCUCCAUAACGUGCCUGAUGAGAUCUACCGCUACACCCGCAGCCUGGAGGAGCUCCUGCUGGAUGCCAACCAGCUCCGAGAACUGCCCAAGCCUUUCUUCAGGCUACUGAACCUGCGCAAGCUCGGCCUGAGUGACAACGAGAUCCAGAGACUUCCCCCUGAGGUGGCCAACUUCAUGCAGCUGGUGGAGCUGGACAUUUCUCGAAAUGACAUUUCCGAAAUCCCCGAGACCAUUAAGUUCUGUAAGGCGCUGGAGAUUGCAGACUUCAGUGGAAACCCCCUCUCCAGAUUACCCGAUGGCUUUACACAGCUUAGAGCACUAGCUCAUCUUGCACUCAAUGACGUGUCACUACAAUCACUACCGAAUGACAUUGGAAACUUGGCUAACCUGGUAACCCUGGAGCUGAGGGAGAAUCUACUGAAGUCUUUACCCACCUCUCUGUCUUUCCUGGUUAAACUGGAACAGCUAGAUCUGGGCAGCAAUCAACUGGAAGUUUUGCCGGACGCACUGGGGGCACUGCCCAACCUCCGUGAGCUGUGGUUGGACAGGAACCAACUUUCUUCCCUCCCCCCAGAGCUGGGAAGUUUGCGGAGAUUGGUCUGUCUGGACGUGUCAGAGAACCGGCUCACAGAGCUGCCCUCCGAGAUCAACGGCCUCAUCGCCCUCACUGACCUGCUGCUCUCACAGAACCAUCUGGAGGUGGUGCCUGACAGCAUCGGCUCCUUGAAGCAAUUAUCCAUCUUCAAAGUGGACCAGAACCGCCUGGUGCGUCUGGCCGAUUCAAUCGGCGAAUGCGAGAACCUCACAGAACUGAUGCUGACCGAGAAUCUGCUACAGUCUCUUCCAAGUUCUCUGGGAAAAUUAAAGAAGCUGACCAACUUGAACGUGGACCGUAACCGCUUGAGCAGCGUACCAGCCGAAUUGGGUGGCUGUUCGUGUCUCAACGUGCUCUCGCUCAGAGACAAUCGCGUGACCAAACUGCCUGCCGAGCUUGCCGAUGCCACGGAGCUGCAUGUGCUGGAUGUGGCUGGCAACAGGUUGCAGAACCUACCCUUCUCGCUAGCCAAUCUGAACCUCAAGGCCAUGUGGCUGGCAGAGAACCAGUCACAGCCCAUGCUCAAGUUUCAGACUGAGGACGACGAGCGGACGGGUGAGAAGGUCCUCACCUGCUACCUGCUGCCCCAACAGCCUACACCCAGCUUAGAGAACCUGCUGCAGAGCAGCGUGGACGAAAGUUGGCCCACAGACACUAAUCUGAACAGAGUGUCCGUCAUUCAGUUUCAGGACCAAACCAAGCCUGAUGAAGAAGACGAUGAGACUGCUGCAGAGAGGAGGCAGGGUCUGCAGAGGCGAGCCACACCUCACCCCAGCGAGCUAAAAGUGAUGAAGAAUGUGAUCGAGGCCAGAAGAAACGAGGCUUACACAGCAAAGCCAGAUGAAGAACUGGACUCUCCAGAAACCGAGGAAAAGCGCAUGAGUGGAUUGUCCAAUCAGAGCCAUGACUCCCAGGUCUCGAACAGCACUGCCUCAGCUAACUCUCACAAUGAGACGCAGAAGGUCAAUGGCAUGGAGGCGGAGCCUAACGGAAGACAAGUGCACGAGCAGGAAGAUGACGACGAGGAAGGAGAAUACACUGAGCCCACUGUGCACUUUGCCGAGGAGCCCAUCAUCCGCGGCGACGACGAGGAGGACGACGACGACGAGGAGGACGACGGAGGCGAGCGCAGCGACGGCGAGACGCGAUCGCCGCCCUUCCCCGCCGAGAAACAGCGCCUCAUCCGCAAGGACACGCCACACUACAAGAAGCACUUCAAGAUCACCAAACUCCCCAAACCCGAAGCUGUAGCAGCAUUACUGGAGGGCUUCAGCCCUGACGCACCCGCAUCAGUCCCACGAAUUCCCAGUGACGGGCAGGAUGGUGGGGAGGAGGAGGAUGAGGAUGAGGAUGAAGAGGAACUAUCGGUGAACACCCCUUUGUUAAAGAGGCUAGAGGCGUCUGAGAAAGAGGACGGAAGGCUGACUCAGGUUAACAGCUCGCUGCAGCCGGUGAAGGGGGUGUCAUUUGAUCAAGUCAAUAAUCUGCUGAUUGAGCCUGCUCGAAUUGAGGAGGAAGAGCUGGUCCUGAGCAUCCUGAGACAAACUGGUGGAUUAGGCAUCAGUAUAGCAGGGGGAAAGGGAUCUACUCCAUACAAAGGAGAUGAUGAGGGUAUUUUUAUCUCCAGAGUGUCAGAAGAGGGUCCAGCUGCACGAGCUGGCGUCAAAGUGGGAGACAAAUUACUUGAGGUAAACGGGGUAGAUCUGCAUGGAGCCGAGCACCACACGGCGGUGGAAGCCUUACGGAGCUCCGGGACGGCAGUGACCAUGACGGUGCUGCGUGAGCGGAUGGUAGAGCCGGAGAACCCUAUCACCACUACACCGCUGAGACCAGAGGAUGAUUACUUCCCCCGGGAGAGAAGGUCCUUUGGCCUCCCCUUCAACCUGGAGUCUGGAUCAACUGCUGUCAGCAUAGGCCCCUGCCAGCGCCUGGCCACUUGCUUAGUCCGCAACGACAAGGGCUUAGGCUUCAGCAUCGCUGGGGGAAAAGGCUCCACACUGUAUCGGGCAGGCGACAUGGGAAUCUUCAUCUCUCGCAUUGCUGAAGGAGGUGCUGCUCACAGAGACAACAUCCUUCACGUUGGAGACAGGGUCCUAUCUAUCAAUGGUGUAGACAUGACAGAAGCCAGACAUGACCAAGCAGUAGCGCUGCUUACCGGCACCUCCCCCACCAUCUCGCUGCUAGUGGAGCGGGAACAGUCGAGCGCAGGAGGCUCCGCAGGUCGAGCACGCUCCCACUCUCCUCCUCCUCCAGAGCCCUCAGACUCACCAGAUCAAGAAGAGGCUGGAGAUGAGCGCCUGGGGAACCAUCUCAGCUGUCCUAUGGAGGAUGAGUACCCUAUAGAGGAAGUGGCACUGGUCAAAACAGGGGGUCCUCUGGGUCUGAGCAUCGUGGGUGGCAGUGACCAUGCCAGCCACCCUUUUGGUGUCAGUGAACCCGGAGUGUUUAUUUCCAAGGUGAUUCCUCAUGGCUUGGCCUGUCAGAGUGGAUUACGUGUAGGUGACCGCAUCCUGGAGGUAAACACCAUUGACCUGCGACACGCUACCCACCAGGAGGCCGUCAAAGCCCUGCUCUCGAACAACAAGGAGAUCCGUAUGCUAGUGCGCAGAGAUCCCUCGCCGCCCGGCAUGCAGGAAAUCAUCAUUCACAAGCAGCCUGGAGAGAAGCUUGGCAUCAGCAUUCGAGGAGGAGCCAGAGGACAUGCAGGCAACCCCCUCGAUCCAACAGAUGAAGGCAUCUUCAUCUCCAAGGUGAGCUCCACUGGUGCAGCAGCACGAGAUAGCCGCCUGAAGGUGGGUAUGAGAAUCCUGGAGGUGGGCAAUCACAGUCUCCUCGGGAUGACGCAUACGGAGGCAGUCCGGGUUUUGCGUGCCACUGGAGAUACCUUAGUCAUGCUGGUGUGCGAUGGCUUCGAUCCCAGAAAUGUUGCAGGCAUGGAGGCAUCACCGGGUGUGAUUGUGAACCCGUUUGCUACUGGAAUCGUUCGAAAGAACAGCAUGGAGAGCAUCUCCUCAAUAGACCGAGAUCUGAGCCCAGAAGAGAUGGACGUGAUGCAGAAGGAAGUUGAGAUGGUGAGAGAGACGUCUCAGUGGGAGCGGGAGGAAAUGGAGAAAGUGGAGCGUAUGCGUUUGGAGCGUGAAGCGGCUACUCGCCUGCUGGAGGAGGAGACUGAGAGCAUGAGCACUGGACCCCUGAAACUGGACUACAAGACACUGGCAGCUCUUCCCACAACCAGUCUGCAGAGAGUUAACCGGCAGGGUCCAUCAGCUGAAGCCCAAAGAGUUGACAGUCCAGUCCGGGAGCCACUUUAUUCUCCAGGCUCUCAAUUGCCCUCAUUUCGUCAGUCCUCGCCCUCAGCCCCUGUCGCACAAGGCAAAGAGACCCGAUUUGCAAGCAUUCAUUUGUCUUCCAAUGUGACUGCCAAGGACAAUUCAGCUACCAAACCUGGUGCUAUCCAGCCUAUCUCACGAGUGCGGCCUCCUGCCUCUCCAGUCAGUCAAGAUGGCCACAGUAGUCCCAACCUUUGGGGCCCUUCCCCCAUCAAUUCCCAGACCACUCCUCGUGCCCCAUCCCCAGAAACUUUCAACGAAUUUCCCAUCAAUGUCAAGCAGGCAUAUAAGGCGUUUGCUGCUGUACCCCACUCCAUGGCUGUGCUGGAGCCCCCGCAGGAUCUCUAUGGUCAGAGAAACAACUUUCACCCAAAACAGACGUUUCCAGAGCCAGAGGAAUGUAAUGAAGUGUUUAUAGGUGAGGGUGAAGGAGGGGGCCUCAGUCCUCACCCCUCCCUCUCAUCUGACCUUCGUGAGUACAGGAAUCUGGCAGCUGUGCCACGCCUGUCUCGCCCCUCCCUGGAGUCUAAGCCCCCCACCUCGUCCGGCAGAGGGACCCCAGAGCAGCGCUCAUUCAGAGACCGACAGAAGUACUUUGAGAUCGAUGUAAAACAGCAGACACCGGACAGCAAACCCAAACCUCGUGUUUCACUUGUAGGAGAGGAUGACCUGAAAAAAAUGAAGGAGGAGGAAGCCAAGAGAAUUGAGCAGACCGCACGGGAGUAUCUGCUGGAUGAGGAUGAAGAUGAAGAAGAGGAAGAUUUGGCGAAGCAGGUGGCACAAAUGAAGGCCCAGGGCAAGGUUGUUUUAGACGGGGUAGAGUACAAGGUUGAACCUGUCAGUGGACAUGCAUCAACUCCUCCCAGGCAAUGUUCCACACCUCCAAACUACAGUGCCACACCUCCCAGCUCAGGGGCCUCAUCUAUAGAUGGAAGGGGGGAUUCCCAGCGCAACUCUAUGGAAGAUAGCUUCAGACUGGAGCAGAGGCCCAACUCCAUGACUGGUCUGAUCCCUGUGUACCCUGGCGAGUCUUCAGCGCCAAUCCGUACCGCUAAGGCUGAGCGCAGGCACCAGGAGCGACUGCGCGUACAGAGCCCAGAGCUCAGUGUGGCAUCAGACAAGGAUCUUUCUCCUGCAGAGAAGCGAGCCCUGGAGGCAGAGAAGAGAGCCAUGUGGCGGGCAGCCAGGCCUUAUGGUCUAGAGGAAGACGUUAGGCAAUAUGAGCAAGACCUGGCCAAGAGGCUCUACCAGUCGCGUGUGAGGGCGUCGUUAGACAGUGCUGCAGCUCCUCCCUCUACCUGCUCCUCUACUUCUCAGCCCAGGAUGAAGUCUUUAGAGCAGGAUGCUCUGAAGGCACAGAUGGUAAUUGCUAAGUCCAAGGAUGGGAGAAAGCGAGGCACUCUGGACCAGUUAGCUGAAUCACCAUCUCCUGCACCCACGCCUUCGCCCACUCCUAUGGAAGAUCUCAGUCCUCGCGUUGUGACAUCACCCGGUAGACUGUCCCUGUCCGAAAAGAAGUUUGACUACCGACAAUUUGCUGCCAUUCCUUCUGCUAAACCCGUAUACGACAUUCAGUCUCCAGAUGCUGCAGAUGUUCGAUACAACAGCGAUGCCUCCAUGAGCCCAGUUUCCUGCGUAGAAGCUGAGGUGCCUGUAACUACUGUGGCCUCCACAUCUGCACUGGAGGAGAUGGCGUUGUACAGCAACAAGCGUAAACUCCGACAGGGCCGUCGCAGUCUAGAGACAGCCGUUCCCACAUAAUUUUACACACACACAGACUUAUACACACGUGAUACAGAUAAUAAAAUAGUCCACAUUAGCUAGUGAAGCUACAAGCUAUAGACACUAAAAUGUACACUCACAGAAAUGCGUGAAAGACUUUCAAACCACUCUCUCUCUCUCUCUCUCUCUCUCUCUCUCUCUCUCUCUCUCUCUCUCUCUCUCCAAUGUCAACCUUCACAGUGACAAUUUUUUUUCCUCUAAAGAAACACUACAUCUUCUCAUCUCUCCCACACCAUUCUUGCCUUUCUAGCUAACAUUUAGCACAGAUGUUGAAGGAGGAGCAUCGUACAUACAAACAGCAAACUCCACACAGGCUUUUUAUUCUUUUCAUUUUUCCUUUUUUUUCCCUACAGUUUGCUUUUAACAGGCUAAAUUAUUUUUUUGAUGAUGUUGAUUUGGGUGCUUUUUAAUACUUUAAUUUUUAAAUCUCUGAUAUUAAUGUAAAAAAAAUUAAAAAUAACUUUUAUUUAAUUUUUUUUUUCUUUUUUUUUUUUUUUUUCUAUAUAUAAAUGUGUUCACAUUCAGAUAAUUUUAGAAAAAAAAGCAAGCGGUCAUUCUGCAACCUUCAACUGCCCCAUACAGAAAAAAAGAGAAAAAAAAUUUAAAAACAUUUUACACUUAAUUUAUUUCCGUAGUCGCCACUGUGGCUUUUAUUCACUUUUUUAAAUGACGCUUCGUCGUUGGGAAUAUUCCACCAAUCAGUCGAUAUUUCCCGGUAUUGGGAUUAUUGAUUUAUCAGUGCUGUAUUGCUUUGUAUCAACUUUAUAACCAUAUCAAGUAUAACAAUCAUUGGCUUUUUAAUCCAACAUUUUGGAUUUGGAGCAGUGUUGCGAAUGAAUGUAUGUUCUUGUCGUCGGCUUUGUGUUUCGAGGGUCUCACCAUAAAGCUAAAAAAAAGAAAAGAAAAAAACAGUGUGCCUGGUUUCAUUGUGAGUGCAGCUUAAAAUGAACUUAAAUGGCUCUCUAGUCUUCCUGGACCAGGACUAGAAGAUAAAAGACUACAGAGGACAACCGUCUGUCCAAAUAUUUGCAUCCACAAAAAAAACAGAAUAUCCUUCCCUUUGCAGUUUUCUGUGUCCUGGACCAUGUUGCAUGCUGUUUGCUGGAACAUUCCCAUAAACAGACUGACUAUUAAAAAAAAAAAAAAAAAAAAAAAGACAUUUGUAAUAAACUUCAGCAAACUUUCAGACCAUGAACUUGAAAGGCGCAUUCUAAAGAGAAGGUCCAGGUGUCCAUCUUAUUCUAAUAUGGUACCAUUCGUUUUCUCUAUGUAACACUGGGGUUUAGGGAUGAACUUUUAGGUUCCCCUGUUUUGUUUGUUGUUUGUUGUUUUCCUCUCCUCUUGUCUGUGUGACUCAUGUUCAUAUACUUUGUCGCUGGAGUGGUUACUUCAGAUUUGUUUUCCAAUUAGAUUCGAAUCUAAAGCCAAUCGCUUAACCUUGUGUGUAUAAUGUACAAAAUGCUGCGAGAAGCAGAACUCCGAGGAGAAUCUGAGCCAGCGUGUGCAGCGGCAGCGGGAUGCAGAAGCAGUCGGGACUGGUGUCCACUGCACUGUGUAUUGGCGUAAUGCAUUAGUUUUGCUGUUUUUCAAUCCUGGGUGAGAAAAAAAAUGUACAUGUUCUUUUUUUUUUUUUUUUCUUUUCUUUAAUCAUUCUCAAACCAGCUGCCAUCAACACUGUGGUCACUCUCAUGUCAUACAAUGUCUUUAUCUUUUCUAAUCGUAGAUUUUUUUUUUCUUUCAUCUUUCUUUUUGCUAACUGAAAUUCAGUUUUGGUGGACAACACUUGGGAAAUUGCUAAAUGAUCAUUUAUUGUAUUUUUGUAAAGACAGAAAUCACAUUUCACACAAAUAACAAAUGGGAUUCACUACAUUUUUCCAGCAGGGCAGUUGUUUUCUCUCUUGUUCUCAAUUACUUUGGGAUGGGGGGAUGUUUUGUUUUGUUUUUUCCUGCUACAUAGGUGGUGGAGGGGCUGAAUGUAGGGGUUAGAGCUCAUUCAGGACUGUAACUAGUGAAUUUGUACAACCAAAGAAGUCUAUUUUGUGGUUCAGGAAUAAUAAAGUUUACUUUUCAUUUAACAA